GCUCAACUUGAGCUUCGCCCCUCAUACUGCCCUUAUAAACGCGGCGGUAUCUACUUGGGGGUAACGGGAUCUAACUCGCAACAAAACAUUUCAUACGGAGUUUAUACACUAGUCUCAACAUGAAACGGAAGGGGGAUAGUGUGUAAAGAAUCUUCUAGAAGUUCUUGGCAAAAUCGGACUCGUGGAAUAAUCUAAAAGAGAAGAUUUUCUGAUUAGUGAACAUUCCGAGCCGAGCUUUCCGCCUGCGAAUCACGUCUGUUCAUAAAGCCACCACAAGCCAAUUAUGAACAACAAUGAGCGGUUUAAGGUUGAGGGAUUUCUCCCCUUCGGAUCACCUUAAAUCUUAGGAUUGCGCUUUAUUUGGUCUCGAACCAAUCACGGCGCCAGUGGCGAUGGGUGCCGAGACGCCGGAUGAUGACACUAAAUCUAUGCUAAAGGUCGUUCAACCAACUUGACCGUCUGGUCCGAUGAUCCAACCUCCUUCUCCGAUCGAAUCGAUCGGCCCUUCACUUGUCAACGUACUGACAUCCCUUUACAACACCACCGUCUACAGGACAUCAUGGACGGAGGAAUACAGCUUCAAACCUACGAAGGGUUCGCGGAUCCGGAUGCGCCUCUUCUCCCGUGGGAUGAAGUUUAUCAAAAGGUCUUGUUAUCGCCCCGAUAUCGUCCCUCGCUUGUAGAUAGCUCGUUCGCGACCUCACAGCUCACCUCCCUCCUUUCCGCCUCCUCAUAUCCCAUCCCUGAGCCAUUUUAUCCCCAGGGACAAUUUCAACCGGACGGUUACAGCUCGUUAGCGGUGCCCAACGGCAUUUUGCUCCCAGGACCCUCGAAGGAUGGAGAACGCAUCAUGAACAUGCACCGACAGGUGCAAUCCAAUGACGCGCAGGCGCAGACCGAGAAUGCACAGAAGACCACCAAACGUCAAUCGAAUGACUCGACCGGCAAGACGACAUUGAAGAAGCGUGGUCGCCCACGAAAAUCAAUGGACAGUCGAAUGGGCGAAGACCCUGAAGAACGCCGUCGAAUGCAAAUCCGCCUGGCACAACGGGCUUAUCGCUCUCGCAAGGAAGCUAACAUCACAACCCUCAAGGGCCGCAUUUCUCAGUUGGAAAUGGCGCUAGAGAAAAUGAGUUCCGCGGUCGUCUCGUUUAGCGAUAAUCUGGUCCAGUCGGGAGCUAUCUCGUCGCAUCCCGACAUCGCGAGCCAUCUACGCGACACAGUGCAGACAUGCCUGGCACUGGCAAAGGAUGUCAGCAAGGACGGCGGGGAGCCCGAGAGCCCAGACAGCUCCACGCAUACCGAAGAGUCAGUUUCUUCAGCUUCAGCCGUGGGACACGAUGGCACGUCAUCGGUGCCAUCAGAUGGAAAUACAAGCCCGAUACUGCAUACGGAACGCACGGAAAGCGAACACUCCUCCAAGCCACCCAGCAUCUCUCCUCCUCUUUCUGUGCCGGUAGGCCCUUCCGGGAUGGAUAUAUCCCUGUUCAUCGAACAGUUACAUUUAGCUUGUGUUUAUCAGGGUUAUUUGGUUCUCUCUAAUCCAGCGAUUCCCAUGACUCGGUUGGAACGACCGUUCCGUUUCCUUUUCACCCUUAUGGAUCGACCCCACCUCAUCGCAGCCUUCGAGGCCUUGCUGCACGCUAAACUGAGUCAGAAAAGGCUGGACGAAUGCUAUGCGGGGGUCCCUUUCUUCAAGCUUGGGGGUGCUGGCACCCACUAUCCCCGAGCUAUAGGGCAAGCUCAAGAAGGUGAAAAGCCGUUACGUUACCAACAAUGGACCACAAUUCACGAUCCUUUAUCACGAUUUUCGUCUGACGUACGGAGGGAUCUGGAAGGAGACUGGUUUGAUAUACAGGACCUGGCGGGUUAUCUCCGGGAGAAGGGAGUUAGUUUGCUCUCCUCUCCUCCCUCAGCAUCGGACCAGCCAUCGACGCGGAUGACUGUUAAUGCCACCCGUUUAACACAAGCAUUGAUAAGUAAAACUAUAUGUUUGGGACGCACACCCGGAUUCCGGCGCCACGACGUGGAAAAAGCUCUACGCUCCGCAGUAUGGACGUGAUGGCUUUUUGAAAUUGACCAUCACUGAUAAAAUUCUCCCAUCCUCACUUUACGCUUAAUGAUUGUUCGGCAACUCGGCCUCCUCGCUCAGGUGGCCUGUAAAUAUUA